AGUGAUAACUGAAAUCUUCUGGCGCCAGUUUUUAACUUAUUUUCGCCUAAUUCGAACAGCCAUUCCUUUUUUUCUUAAAAAUGAGCAACAUAGUUACAGUUAUUGCUCCAGUAAAUAUUGCAGUAAUAAAAUACUGGGGAAAACGUGACGAGAAAUUAAUUUUACCGUUAAAUGAUUCCGUUAGUGCUACUUUCGAUACAAGUGUUAUGUGUGCUAAAACAUCGGUAUCUACUCAUCCGGAUUUCGUAGAAGAUCAGAUUUGGUUAAAUGGAAAAGAAGAGUCAUUUUCGAAUCCAAGAUUACAAAACUGCCUCAGGGAGAUAAAAUCACGAGCUGUUGCAGAGAAAACGAUUGCUGAAGAUGUACUAUCAUGGAAAGUUCAUGUUUCUUCAGAGAACAAUUUUCCAACCGCUGCUGGUUUAGCAUCCUCGGCUGCAGGAUAUGCUUGCUUGGUGUCAGCUUUAGCAAAAUUGUAUAAAAUUAAAUCAGAUGUCAGUUCAAUUGCAAGAUUAGGCUCAGGCAGUGCAUGUAGAAGUGUUUACGGAGGUUUUGUAAGGUGGCAUGCUGGCUCAAAACCUGAUGGUAGCGAUUCUAUAGCCACACAAAUUGCAGAUUCGAAUCAUUGGCCUGAAAUGCGUGUUUUAGUACUUGUAGUUGGUAAUACUCAAAAGAAAGUCAGUUCAACUGUAGGAAUGAAAAUAUCUUCAGAAACAUCUGAAUUAUUAAAACACCGAAUACAACACUGUGUUCCCCAAAGAACUGAAGAAAUUAUAGAAGCUAUAAAGAACAAAGACUUUUCUAAAUUUGCAGAGAUAACAAUGAAAGACAGUAAUCAGUUUCAUGCAAUUUGCUUAGAUUCAUAUCCUCCUAUUGUGUACAUGACAGACAUUUCUCAUUCAAUUGUAGAUUUGAUUCAUAAAUAUAAUGACUUUAGUGGGGUGACAAAAGUAGCAUACACAUUCGAUGCUGGAUCGAAUGCUUGUUUGUACUUGUUAAAGCAUGAUGUCCCUAAAGUAAUUUCAUUAAUAAAAUAUGCAUUCCCUUCAACGUCACCAGAAAAAUUCAUAACAGGUUUAAGUGUUGCCAAAGAAGAAAUAAAUACUGAUAUUUUAUCAAAGUUGUGUAUUGAACCAAUGGGAAUGGAUAUGAUUAAAUACAUUAUACACACUAAAAUAGGUGAAGGACCUACAGAAAUAGAUUCACAUUUGCUGGACAGUAACGGGCUGCCUAUUUCAAAGAUAAACAAGAUAUAAAUUUUAUACUUUCAAACAAGGGGUGCUGAUGUGUAGCAGAUGGAAAAAUUCUAUUCCUAAUCAAUGAAAUAAAACUACAAUAAAGUGUUAGUAAAUCGAAAAAUAAUAAAAAUUAAAUUAGGGUAAAUACUAAAA